CUGCGCAGAGCGACACGGCGGCUGUCAUUCUCGAUGUGUUGUAAAACAAAAAAAAGAGACGGGAUUGAAGUUGUAUUCUCGUAUUUUUGUCCCGAUCGAUGGAUGUUGUGUGCUGUGUCCUGUUAGAAUAAUCUGUAUAUUUGACGGAGAUCGUUUGCGCAAUUGGUUCAAUUUGACCGGCGAGAAUUGCGCUAUAGUUUGUUUCGUGCUUUUCACGGUGCAGUUUGGGUGAAGGCCGGGAGGCGUGAAGGAAAGCUAAACCGGGCCCCAGGUUCCAGUUCAUAAUGUGGGACUCAUCGGUGUUUCUCAGCACACUAACGCCCAAGUUUUAUGUGGCACUAACGGGGACUUCCAGUCUGAUUUCUGGUUUAAUUCUAAUAUUUGAAUGGUGGUACUUCCGGAAGUAUGGAACAUCUUUUAUCGAGCAAGUUUCCAUUAAUCACAUUAGUCCAUGGAUCGGCGGCGGAGAAACGGCCGCAGAAACCAGCCCGACCACGACUCCGACUACACAGAAUAUGCCGGAAUGCAAGGUUUGGCGUAAUCCGUUGAAUCUACUUCGUGGUGCCGAAUACCAACGGUUCUACUGGGCAACACAGAAGGAGCCAUUGACCUUUUACGAUAUGAAUCUAUCGGCGCAAGAUCAUCAGACGUUCUUCACCUGUGAAGGGGAUGCGGGCAAAGCUGAGUACGAAAUCAUGCAAACGGCGUGGCGCGAGCGCAAUCCGGUGGUGCGCAUCAAAGCCGCCAACAAUGCCAUCGAGAUUAAUCCCGACUGUGCACCUGCCUAUAUCCUGCUAGCGGAAGAAGAGGCAACGACGAUCCUGGAGGCUGAAAGAAUUCUCCGAACUGCCUUGAAGGUCGCCGAGGUAAACUACAAGAAGUCGCAAGCCGUUCAGCACCAGGGUCCCGUCAUGGAGGGAAUCUUCCGGCGGGACACUAACGUACUUAUUUACAUCAAACGACGGCUAGCGAUGUGUGCCCGAAAGCUUGGCAAACUGAAGGAAGCGGUCAAGAUGUUCCGCGAUCUUACCAAGGAGAUUCCUCCGAUCAUGAAUGUGUUGAACAUUCACGAGAAUCUGCUCGAGGCUCUGCUGGAAAUGCAGGCGUAUGCGGAUUGCCAAGCGGUGCUGGCCAAGUACGAUGACAUUUCACUGCCAAAAUCAGCCACCAUUUGUUAUACGGCUGCGCUGCUGAAAGCCCGCGUUGUGGCGGAGAAAUUUUCUCCGGACAUCGCUUCCAAACGAGGGUUGACACCGGCGGAGAUGAGCGCUGUCGAAGCGAUCCAUCGUGCGGUAGAGUUCAACCCUCACGUUCCGAAAUAUUUGCUCGAAAUGAAACAGCUAAUACUGCCCCCGGAGCACAUACUCAAACGUGGUGAUUCGGAAGCGCUUGCGUACGCAUUCUUCCAUCUUCAGCACUGGAAAAACGUCGAGGGAGCGCUGAAUCUCCUGCACUGUACCUGGGAGGGCACCUUCCGAAUGCUUCCCUAUCCGCUCGAGCGUGGCCAUCUUUUCUAUCCGUACCCAACGUGCACGGAAUGUGCCGACCGCGAGCUGCUUCCUGCCUUUCACGAGGUUUCCGUCUACCCGAAGAAGGAACUUCCGUUCUUCAUCCUGUUCACGGCCGGACUGUGCUCGAUAACGGCACUGCUCGCUCUGCUAACCCAUCAGUACCCAGAGUCAAUGGGAAUAUUCGCGAGUACCACCUUGAACUGGUUCUCCCUGCCGUUCCAUUUUGUCAAGGAACGAAUCGAAACCAUUUGGCCGUGCAAUUUGCUCCAACAUUUGUCGCGAAUCUAAAACAGUUUGAUGAAUACUCGCAUUAACAUACAACAAUGAGCUCUCUUCGUUUGGGUCCGAUACGUGGUUUCUCUAAUUAAAUGUAAAUCGUUUCCCACGUUUCUAGAAGCGGAUUUGGUAAUAGCUUCCAUACCCAGCUAACUACUAGCUUGCUUGGAGCGUUUAUCGGACUGAAACGCGGGAGAGACCUGACUCUACUCCCUGCGUUAUACACAUAUAGCUACAUAACGAAACACGAUAGGAAGCGAUACUAAUUAUUGUAGAGUAAAAUCAAUGCAAAGGGGUAGAGAAAUGGAUAUGUCUUAUUAUUAUGUGUAUUUGUGAUGAAAUUAUGUUUUUCGUGAGAACAGUGACAAAAGAUUAAAACAAGAAAACCGAUUGAA